UUUGUUUUGAGUUACUUGGCAACCCUGAUCUAAACUCACGGAACUAUGAUGGCGCUGGAGAGCUGUAUAGCAUUUUUAUUAGCCGAUGAAUUAGACGCUGAAGAAUACACACAUUUUCAAACAUCUCUCAAAACACAAGGGAUUGGCUCAAUUCAUCCACACAGAAAUGAGGAUGAUGAUGAGGAUGAUGAUAAUGAGGAUGAUGAGGAUGAUGAAGGCAAAAAGAGCUACUUCAGUGCUACAGUUCCCAGUCUGUCUGUGCUGGAUUUCCAGAAAUGUUUUCAGCUCACACAACCUCAGGUUGAAGAGUUGGUGAACUUACUGUCACCUUGCGACUGGGCGACGCGUAAGUUUGAUGGCUGGACCGUGACGCAUGCGGUGUUGGCGAGUCUGUGGACUCUUUCCACUCUGGAGUCUUACAGCGGCGUCGCAGCGCGUUUUCGCACCAGCGAGUCUCUCGUUCGCUUCCAGUUAAACGACUUCUGCUGCCUGAUCACAAAAAACUUCUCUGAUCAGAUUCGCUGGCCUAAGUGGAAAGAAGCGGAAGCCUCCGUAUCCGGGUUCCUGACCGACGUCGGGCUUCCUGGUACUGUUUGUGUGCUCGGUUCCUGCUCGGUUCCCAUCGACCGGCCUGCCGAUGUUCCUGAUCCGGAGGUGUAUCGAAACUCUUGCGGAAACACAUAUUCUGUAACUCUCUUAGCUUUUUGUAACCAUCAGGGCUGCUUCACAUUUGUCAGCGCCGAGUAUCCAGGAAGCUGGCAUAACUCCAGAGUCCUUCUAGAGACUGAGAUCGGAAAAGCGAUACGUGAAGAUCCUCUGAACCUUCUCCACGGCAAGCACGUGAUCGGAGACGUCACCUUUCCUCUGUCGGAACAUCUCCUCACACCAUUUCCGGAUUACGGGAUGCUGGGAGAGAAGAAGCUGCGUUAUAAUUUAAGAGUCCAGGCGGCUCUUCAUGUGGUCCGAGGAUCCCUGAAUAGUCUAAGGUCCAGGUUUCAGAGGCUCAGGUGUUUGCAAAUGAGUUCUGUGGGCCAGAGCGCUCUGGCUGUGAGGACAUGCUGUAUCUUAUAUAACAUGUAUGUAGAGACCGAUAAUGCUACCUCAGCUCAGAGCUUAGAGGAGCAGGCGGAGGUUCAGCUGCCGUUUCACGAACUCCCUCACGGACACUCGGGGAGUCUCGGAGGAAUCUCUAAAAGACAGGACAUCGCCGCGUCACUCGGACGGAAGACUAAAAAACGGUGACAGAAAGAUAUACCUGUAUAUUUAAUUAAGACUCUGACAGCUGUGUUAGUGACUUUCAGUCUGUCAGAAAAUGUUCCUGUUCCAACAUGACUGCACACCAGUGCACAAAGCAAGGUCCAUAAAAGCAUGGAUGAGGUGUGGAGGAACUUGACUGGCCUGCACAGAGUCCUGACCUCAACCCAGUAGAACACCUUUGAGAUGAAUUAGAGCGGAGACUGCAAGCCAGGUCUUCUCGUCCAUCAGUAGUGCCUGACCUCUCAAAAGGAAUGGUCAAAAAUUCCCAUAAACACACUCCUAAACCUUGUGGAAAGCCUUCCCAGAAGAGUUGAAGCUGUUAUAGCUGCAAAGGGUGGGACAACUCCAUAUUACAUUCAUGUGCAUGUAAAAACAGAUGUCCUAAAACUUUUGGCAAUAUAGUGUACAUGCCAUUUGGUUUUUAUGGAUUUUUCUAUGUCUGUUUUAUUUAAUGUUUUUUAUAAAUAAAUCUAAAUCUUCUUGCUAUUACAUUGGACUGUCUGUGGAUGUGAAGGAACUGAUGAAUAAUAAACACGAUGCUACCCUCCUGUGGUAA